CGAGCUUUGUUUGCCGAAUGCUCCACCAUCUCUAUCUUUCAUUGUCUGGGGCUCUUUGACGCUCCCCUCUUAUAGGCGUGUGCGACGACACCCUUGCGCAUCGCAGACACCCUCCGACUCCCACUACACCCCCUUCGAAGCCUAUUCACGUUGCGCAGUCGCACCGUAGCAAACACACGCCCCAGCGCAUCUUCAGGACAAGCAACCCAAACAUGACAGACAUGGCGGGCAGCGAUUUGGGUGCCUCCAACAGUAUCAGCAAUGGCAACACGUCGCGAGCCAAGAAGGUGGCCUACUUCUACGACUCGGACGUCGGUAACUACGCCUAUGUCGCGGGGCAUCCUAUGAAGCCCCACCGCAUACGCAUGGCGCACAGCUUGAUCAUGAACUAUGGCCUCUACACCAAGAUGGAGAUCUACCGCGCAAAGCCCGCCUCCAAGUACGAGAUGACGCAGUUCCACACCGACGAGUACAUCGAGUUCCUGCACAAGGUCACCCCAGACAACAUGGAGAACUUCACCAGAGAACAAAGCAAGUACAAUGUCGGAGACGACUGUCCCGUCUUUGACGGCCUCUUCGAGUUCUGCGGCAUCAGCGCUGGUGGCACAAUGGAGGGUGCCGCACGCUUGAACAGAGGCAAGUGUGAUGUUGCUGUCAACUGGGCGGGUGGUCUGCAUCAUGCAAAAAAGAGCGAAGCUAGCGGUUUCUGCUAUGUAAAUGACAUUGUGCUCGGCAUCAUCGAGCUCCUGCGCUACAAGCAGCGCGUCCUCUACAUCGACAUCGACGUCCACCAUGGCGAUGGUGUCGAAGAAGCUUUCUACACGACCGACCGCGUCAUGACCGUCUCCUUCCACAAAUAUGGCGAGUACUUCCCCGGCACCGGCGAGUUGCGCGACAUUGGUGUGGGUAGCGGAAAGAACUACGCCGUCAACUUCCCUCUUCGCGACGGCAUCACGGACGAAACGUACCGGAACAUCUUCGAGCCAACCAUUGAGGCUGUCAUGACCUACUAUGGCCCUGAAGCUAUCGUGCUACAGUGUGGUGGUGACAGUCUUUCGGGAGACAGGCUGGGCUGCUUCAAUCUGAGCAUGGAUGGGCACGCUAACUGCGUGCGCUAUGUCAAGAGCUUUGGUGUGCCAGUCAUCGUUCUCGGUGGAGGUGGCUAUACCAUGCGAAACGUUGCGCGAACAUGGGCCUUCGAGACUGGCGAACUGGUCUCGGAGAAGAUGUCGAAACAGCUGCCUUUCAAUGACUAUUACGAGUACUUUGCUCCGGACUACGAACUCGACGUGCGCCCCUCCAACAUGGAAAACGCGAAUUCCCACGACUAUCUUCAUAAGAUCAAAUCAGCCGUCAUCGACAACAUUCGCAGAACGGGCAAGCCUUCGGUCGAAGCCUUCACCACCAUACCCGAUGUGCCCGCUGCGUUUCGCACAAUGGAUUCGGAUGCUGAAGACGAGGACGAUGACCUUGACGCUGAUGAGAAUGCAGAUGUGCGCAUGACUCAGCGCCAACGGGAUCAGCAAAUCGAGCACGACGGUGAACUCUACGAUGCUAGUGACGAUGAGGACUACAAGAACAGCCUGGGUGUACGCGCUCAGCCUGGAGUGAAGAAGAGGCGGCACAUUACCGACUACCCAAACCCCAACGCCGCGGCGGCCGACGAUCUGGACGGCUUAGAAGAGCUGAACGGUGAAAGCGCUCUCUCCACUCGGCAACCGUCCGCUGCAGUGAAAUCACGCACACAAACGCCGGCUGCCGCUGAGCACGAGGCUGACGAGGACGGCGACAUCGACAUGGAUGAGCCCGCUGCUCCGACUGCUGCUGCAGUUGCCUCGACACGGUCACAGUCUCCAGCUGGUGUGGUUACCCCGCCAGAAUCGCCACCAACAGCUACAUCCGGAUUGGCACCUUCGUCGGCUCCCGUUGCAGAUGUCGACAUGGAUGACAACGCAACCAAGGAAGUAUCUGAAGCGAAAGAGGCAGGCCAAGCAGAACGAGACUCGGAGAAUGUCAAAGGCGAAGUUCGGACAGAAGUCGCAAAGGACUAGUCACGGCUUGUAAGCAUGUGUUCAAAACAUAUUGGCCAAGGGUGGCAGGUGCAUUUGGUCGGCGUUUCACUCUAUUUUUAUUUUUUUCAAUUGCAGCGGACGGUGUUACGGUGUGACAGGCAUGGACUGGAUGUCUAGGAUACCUACUCUAUUUAUUCUGACUCUUUGUGUUUACGCCACGGUCCGUCCCCUUGUGGGGGCGGCAAAUCAGUUGAUUAAAAUAUGUUCAGUUCUUAUUAGCACGUGUGACUGCAGGUGGUCUGUUUAAGCAGAAUCACGGCCCUCCAUGCUAUACAGAUUAUUAGCACUGAUGUCGUACGGCAACACAUCCCACCCUGUCCAACUCCCCUCAUAUUUCCUCACAUGUACAUCCCUUAACGUAAUCCGAGAUCUCUUCUUCUCCUGUCAGCAGUCUGACG